CACGGGUCCGGGCGGGCGGGUUUUGCGUCGGCCCAAUGGGAGCGGCGCCCCGGCCUCCCCUUUAAGGAAUGUUGUGACCUGACGUCACCCGGGCGAGUUACCUCCCCGAGCCACCGCCGCCAGGCUCAGCUCACAGCCCCGGAGCCCUUGAGCGCGGCGGAGCCCCCGAACCUCAGAGCCCCCAGCCGCGCGCCCCGGAGCCCCGGCCUGCGCGCCCCGCCGGGCUCGCGCGAUGCCCUCGGACCGGCCUUUCAAGCAGCGGCGGACCUUCGCCGACCGCUGUAAGGAGGUGCAGCAGAUCCGCGACCAGCACCCCAGCAAGAUCCCGGUGAUCAUCGAGCGCUACAAGGGUGAGAAGCAGCUGCCGGUCCUGGACAAGACCAAGUUCCUGGUCCCAGACCAUGUCAACAUGAGCGAGUUGGUCAAGAUCAUCCGGCGCCGCCUGCAGCUGAACCCCACGCAGGCCUUCUUCCUGCUGGUGAACCAGCACAGCAUGGUGAGCGUGUCCACACCCAUUGCGGACAUCUAUGAGCAGGAGAAGGACGACGAUGGCUUCCUCUACAUGGUCUACGCCUCCCAGGAAACCUUCGGCUUCUGAGCCAGCAGCCCCUGCCCAACUGCCCCUCCCUCACCUGAGGCGCUGCCCCCCUGCCUGGACCUGCCCACCCCUGAAGGACUGGCCCCUGGCUCACCUGGUCUUGACAUGGUGUAUGGAUCUGUGGUCAUUGUCCCUCUGCAGAAUAAAGAUUGCUCAGGCCUG